AUGGUUGGCUCGGCCGGCCACAGGAUCUUACGUGGGGUCCGCAGCCACAGGAAGCUGCGUACGACAAUGCCAGCAGAGGAGCUGGAGGACCAGACGAUAGUUCACAGGAGACAACACAGCGACGGCGCACCAGCACCCGUCUCGAGGAUAUCGUCGACGGAGAAGCACGCCCGAACACACUGGCCACCAAUAGAGUGGGAUCCACUCAAGCUCAACCCACCAGUUGCCCAAGUUCCGGACAUGCCGGUCAAGUCUCGUGAGAGUCUACCCACGCAGUCAUUACGAUCAAAACAGUCUUACGCCGGACACGAGCUUCGGCGGCCACGGAUGCACCACUCGGACUCCGGGUUCUCACUUGUGGUCCACGACGGUUUCGACUUUGGGUUCGAGAGGGAGCAGGCACUUGGCCAGAUGAUCCAGCGCAACCGAUCGCACGAGGACGAGGUUUACUCCAAGGGAUGGCCGUCACCGGCAUCGAGUGUUGACUCGGGCAAGUCCUGGUUCGACCACGACGACGACGACGAGGAGGACGCGGCUGUGAAGAGGAGCAACGAGCUGUCCUCGCCACAGAGCCCUCAACGGAGGCCACAGGUUGCCUCUCCGGACGACCCAACGCAUUACCUCAAGCGCGGGGGGUGGAAGCGGAGAGGCAUCUACUUUGGCGGACAGACCGAAGAGGUCUACCAGAAGGAGGACGACGCCUUUGAUCUUCCAUGA